UUUCUACAUCGCAUCCGAGUCGAGGACAUUAUUUUCCGGAAUUUAUUAAUUCUUUCCCUGCGUAGAUUCGUGUUUAAAUUGUUACUGAAUAAAAUAGACAACACAUUAUUAGUUUAAUAAUCAUGGAAAGUAUUUACGACGAUUUAGAUAACUACGAGGACAUAAAUAGAGUCGAAGAGCUCAAGAAAGAAAACCAUGACCUAAAGCUCAAACUGGAAGAGUACACAAAUACCAUGAGCAACUUACAAAAAAACAUUUUGCAGGAGUUUGAUAAGCUGUCAUCUGAUUUCAAAACAUUGGAAAUGAAUUAUUCAUCUUUGUUAAAAACUGCCAAAGUAGAAAUUGAAAGGAAAACCAAAAUAAUUACUGAUCUUAACAUUGAGAAAGACAUGAUGAUUAUAAAUGCAUUAAAAAAUGGUAAUGUUAAAGACGUAAGAAGACUUAAAAGCAUAACUAAGCCAUUUGCAAAAGGUCCAGUUAAUGCUAAAGAGAGAGGCAAUGUUCCAAGGGCUGAUAACAUCAAGGACAAGAGUAGUGACAGUGGAAGAAAAGAGGAUAUUCGCUUCUCUUCUGUAGAAACCUCAACAAGUGGAAACACAGAUAUUAAUGCUAAAUUGAUACAAUGUGCUAAUUCUAACUCUGAAAAGGCAGAGUUGUGGAGUGGCCGGACCAGUGACACUAAAGAAAACAUGUCACAAAGAAACAAAAAUAUGGAAAAUAAUGACAAACCUGCAACUCAAGCACUCAGUAUUAAAAAUAGACGAAAAUCUAUGCCAGUUGCAAGGUUGCAUGGAAAUUACAGUUCAGAUGAAGAAUGUGAGGAAAGACUUAAGUCAAAUGAUGCUAGAAAAUCAUCAAGAGAUAGAAGAAAGAACAUUAAUCAAGGAUAUAGUGAUAGGCACAGAUACAAAGAUUUAGAAGAGAGUCGGAAGUCACCUGACAUGUCCAGAAUGGACGAUAAAUAUUAUGGUUAUGGUGAACCAAAUAGAGAUACAUAUCAUAGGAGUAGAACAGAUCGACAUCAUGGAAGUGACAAACAUAGAAGACACAAACAUGAUUUUUCUCAUAGACAAAGAAGGCAUGGCAGUCCUGAAAGGUCACACAGGGGCUUUAAAAAUGAUGACAAUCUAAAGCAGGAAUACAACAGACACAGAGUAUUAGAAAGUCCUCCUCCUGACAAAUACCAGCAUCAUCAUCAGAAGAAACCAGAAGCUCGAUUCAAACGUGAUCGAGAUGAUGCAUAUGAAGACAAAAGAGAUGUUCACCAUUAUGACAAACACUCCUCGAAACAUAAAUCAAGUAGUGAACGCUUUGAUGAACCUAUAAGUAAAAGGCAAAGGACUGAUUCAUUUAAUAAGUUUACUGAAGAAGAUACAAGAUGGAGCAGGGAGAAGCCACUGGAAAGACUUUUACCAGAUGAAAACUUGCAACCAGGGUUGUCAUGCCAGUCACCUGACUAUACUUUUACUGAUACAGUGUCUUCUCAUCCAAUUAGAGAAAUAAUGCAUACAGCUACAAGUUCUGGAGAAGACCCCAGAAAACACAGUGAGAGGUAUGUUUUAGAGAAUUCUGACGGUAUUAUUGUGUGGAAAACUGUUGCUGAUAGGAAUGUCGAUUUAAAAAUGGUGGAUACAACUCUUUGGAACACUUCGCCAGUAGAAGUACCUAAAUCCUUGACGCGGAGACCGUCGCAGUGCAGUGAGGAUAUUGUCAAAGAAAUAUACAUGGAUAUUGACAAUCCAGUGUCUAAUAUGUCGUUAGAGUCAGGAGAAAUCUUGCCAUUUGAUGAAGAAGUCAAUAUGACUGAUAUGAGACGAGUACCAAAUGAAAGUGGUAGUCGGAGAUAUGACCAAACCACUGACACCGAAUUGAUGAAGCUAAACAAAAAUGCUGACAAUAAUAGUUUAUCCAGAUAUAAAAUCCCAAAAAUAAAAGGUGACAAAGAUAACCGAUCUUAUACUGACCGCGACACAGAGUUUCGACAAUCUGAGAAAAAGAUAGCUCAACCAUUUGGAAAAUAUCAUAAAGCUACAAGCAGUGAAAUAAGACCAGAAACUGAUCUCAAAAACAAAGCUCAAGUUGAAAAUGAUAAUUUAUCUAAAAGUAAAAUAAAAGAUGAUCAUUUUGCAGUUAAUUAUGAAGAAAACUAUAAUGGGGUUGGAGUGGUUACUCCAAGCAUGGAAGAAUUAGUAGAAGGUGAUUUACAUCUCAGUGAUGAAACAAGUGAUAAUGUUGAAAUCAUAAAAAGUACUGCAAAUGAAAAAACUCAUAGCAAGGAUAAGUGCCAUACUGGUCAUGAAAAUUUUGCCGCCUUACAAAAGAAAGUAGAACAGAAAGAUAAUUUCGUGGAAAAGACAAUUGAAAAGGAAAAAUCUCAAGAAAAACCGAGUGUUACAGCUCAGGAUGAUUGUAAAAAACGAAGUAGUAAGAAAAAACAUUCUAAGCACAAAGAAACUAAGUUAGAAAAAUCUGAUUCAACCGAUAACGACAAGGAGACGGAUAAAGUAAAAUCAAAGAAAGAUUCAAAAGAGAUAAAAACGAAAUUUAGUGAGUUAUUUGGAGACAGCAGUAGCCUAAUAUCACCAGAAGAUUUAGGCAUCUUAAGUGCGCAAGCUCAGACUCAAUCCACAGCGCCAUAUAUUCCUGUUUGUGAAGAUGCACAAGAUGCAGUUGAUAUUGCUGCUUCUAGUGUGGGAAAAGUGCAAACCCGAUUAUCAAAAUUAAAGUCGGAUCAGUUACAAGAAGGUAAAGACAUUAAUAAAGUUGAAACUGAUAGAACAGAAAUUAAAUCUAAUAUUCAAACCAAAUUACCUAGUGAAGCGAAAAAGAAAACAAGGAAGAACCCUGAUAAUGAUAAAUCGAAAAUUAGAGAGGUUUAUCAAAGUUUAGUUGCUAAUAAACUAGUUGAAGAAAAGAAAGAAUGGACUAGAAAUUUAACAGUAAAUGAACCAAACAUAAAUCAAAUAGCUGCAGAUACAAUAGAAGCUGACCCAAACCAACAAAUAACGCCGAGCUCCGAAGCAAAUGAGCCACUAGGAAAACAAAAAGCGUCGGACACCAUAAAAAAUAAACAGGCAGUAAAACAGAGACGGUCAACCAUCUACGACGAUAAGCCUGUAGUAAAACAAAUGACACCAGACCCCAUAGAAGAUAAGCCGCCAGUCAUAGUAACUACAGCAGAUACAGGAAUAAAGCAAGUCAUGUCAGAGACAACUAGCAAAGAACCAUGUCAGCCAGUCUCAGAAAAUGUUGAUUUACGUGAACAACAGUCAAUAUUGAUUGACAAUCCUAAACAGUCUGUUGAAGAACACAAAGUACUAGUGUCUAUACCUAAAAAUGACGUACUUGAUAAACCUAGUAUACUGAUGCGAGCUUUGGCAACAUCCACGCCGCAGAAAGAGGUUCAGCCAAACGAUUCUGGAAUGAAGACAGUGGAAGGCGCGCAAGAAUCGAGCAGCAAAGAUGUAAGCAAAGAUAACUUGAUGGCCGACCAGUCGUCAAACAACGAAAGUGUGGACAACCAGAAAGACGCCGACAUUCCCGACGUUCGGAUAUUUGUCAAAAGGAAAAGGAAAGUCAAAGCCCCUAAACAAUAAGAAGCCAAGAAUGAAGUGAUUUCUAAAUAUUUCUCGUGGACAAGGAACAUGAUUGCCGUUAUGCUUAAGUGUGUGCGCGCACGCAGGCAAUGUGAAAUGACUAUUACAGCACACUAAAAGAAUAAGAAUUAACCAACUUGUGUCACAGGUGACUCUAAUGUUAUUUUUAAUGGCAUCAUAUUAUUACCUUAUUCAUGUUUCUUUUUUUAUUUUACUUAAGAUUUGUAGAAUUGGUUUACCCAAUAAAAGGUAAUAUUUUCUUAUUCUCACAAAGGUAUUAAAUUACAUUUGUAAAUAUUGUAAAUAUUUAAAGCUACUGUUAAACCAGAGAUUUAAAUAAAAAACUUGAUUAUAUUCCCAUAACAGUCUUUAUUGUCCUUAAAAAUAGCUAUAACUUACAUUUAUUAUUUACAAUUAUUUAUUUGUGUAUUUAUAAACAUUUACAGGAUGUUUUUUCGUUCCAAUUUAAUAUAGUUUGAUUACAUAACGACAUACAAGUAAUUUAUAAAAAUAUUAGCUAUUCAACAUUAUUGCUUUGAACAUAAAUUAAUAUAUAAAAAAUUAAUAUAACGAUUAUUAUUUUUUAUACAUCAAUUAAUAACCAUGACGUCAUGAUAAGUCCAUAUGAAAAUUGUUUCUGAUUGUUUAUAAUAGUAGGGACAAUAACAUUAUAAAUCAUUGACCUAAAAAACCAGCCAAGUCAAAGUGAAGUUCGUAUGCCGAUUUCUGUAACAUUUUUAUUGUAUCACAUGUUUUGUGUUACUCAGGCGGUUAUCACACUGCGCCGCGCUCCGUCGCGGAGCGCGUGAUUUUCAUAUAAAAAAUAACGCGCGCGGACGCGUUGUCAGUGUGAAGUGCCGCGCGUGUUUUCUAUACAAACUGAGGUACUUGCAUACAAUGAUUAAAUCUGUCGCCCCGCGCUCCGCGGCGGAGCGCGGCGCAGUGUGAUAACCGCCUAAGUCAGAUAGACACGUAUUUUAGUAUUUCAGUCAAGCCUAUAACAGAGCCAUAAGAAUCGUCUCGACUGGAAGUCUUCCCACACAGGGAAGAUUCAAGACGACAUAUCGGCUA